UUGUUGCACCUAUAAUGAAUAUAUUAGGCUAGUAAACAGCUUGCCAGGCACUGGACGUUGAAAUGUGUGUUUAAAUUUAUGUGUAAUAAAUGUCAUGAGUAUCUGUAUGUAUAUGUAUAUGUAACGUAUAUGUAUAUGUAUAUAGCGGUCAACCGCUGGCCCUCACUUAAUUAUUUUUAACAUUUUGGGAUUAAUCCAAAAACAAAAUAUAUUUAAAUUUCUUUAAUUAAUUAUUACUUUUACAAUGAUGACUUAACUACAUAUAACUAUUUAAUCGGCCCGAUAUUAGGUGCACGAAAACUUAACUAGUAGAGAAUUGACCGGUCCGAUAUGAGGUAUCCGAUCAAAAGCUUCUGCCCUGCGAUUCUUCGCACUUCACUUUUCGAACUCACACAGCGGUUUUCUUUUCUGAAAAUUCUGUGGGAGCUCGUAGUUUAUUCUUUAUUAGAAUGCCAAAUCAUAAAAUGACUGCUUCACGACUGAUUUGAGAGCGACUGCCGAUGCGAAAACCGCUGUGUGAGUUCGAAAAGUGAGUUACAGAAUCGCAGGGCUGGUCUCUGUUGUCCGUUUCCUUAUAUAACGUAGUUGCGUAAGAGGGGUACUGGUAUUGGGUAUGCGGGACAAAGGGAGUGCAAUGGAUAUGUAACAAAUUAAAUAUAACAUGUUUAUUUAUAUUCCAUAAUAAAAAUACUUGUUUAAUUUUUGUGAUAUUUGUAUUAUUACCACAUUUAAAAUUACAAUUUUACUAUUAAGGCGUUGUCUGAACGCAGCAUAAUAAUACAACAUUGGGUUAGAAAAUAUGGUAAUUAAGAAUGUAUUAAAUAGAUUUUUUUUAGAAUGUAUUAAAACAUAUUUUCUUGAUAAAAUCUGUGACUACGCGCAAGAACAAAGUGAAAAUAGCUACUGAAUUCGUGUCGAUAAAUUUUUAUGACGCCAUAAUUACGUUUUAAUUUUCACGAAUUCUAAUGUACUAAUAAAAAUUUGAUUUAUGUCUGUCUAUAAUUAGAAACUUACCCCCUAAAUUAGUGCAAUUUCACUUUUUAUAACUAUAUUAUCUUUAAUCUGUGAGUUUCAGCAUAUUAGGUACGUACUUGUAUUUAGAACCAAUUGACAAAUAUACAAAGUAUGAAAACCGUACGAAGUAAAUUUGGAUGUCGGUCAAUAUUUAUUAAAUUAAAAAUGUUACUUAUCCCAAAAAUAUUCUUUCUAUAUUAAAUAAAAGUACACAAACAAUUUGCUGAGAGACUUCCAUACUUGUACACUACAUCGUGGGAAACAGCUAGUGUUAAAUUAUAAUUAAUUUUAACGCAGUAAGUGUUGGCUUUUUAGUUAAAUAAAUGGCUAAUAUGUUAGCAUAAGAAUAGUUUAUUUUAAUAUUAAUUUAAUUAAAAGUAACGAGGAAAUGGGUGUCUCAGCGAAUAUUCGACAAUACAUAAUUGUUAUAUCAGUUAAUUUAACUUCUAUUGGCAUGGGAAUGACUCAAUCUUGGACAUCACCGAUGCUUGUAAAAUUGAUGCAUGAGGACACACAGCUCUCUGAACGAGUUAAUGAGGAUCAAGCUUCGUGGAUCGUGUCUAUUGGAUUCUUAAGCUCGAUAGCGUUCUUUCCAGUAUUCUAUUGGUUAGUAAAUCUCUAUGGCAGGAAGAAAGUCAUGUUAUACCUAAAUAUAUUUCGAGCCACCGUCAAUCUACUGUUCAUAUUUGCUACGGAAGUCUGGAUGUUGUAUCUUGUUAGAGGCGUUACGGCGACCUGUGAAAUUGGUAUAUUGACAAUUAUGCCAGCUUACAGCGCGGAGGUUGCUAGUAAGCAAAUCCGUGGAGCGUUGGGCACAAUAGCACAACUGCUAAAUGCAGUUGGCAUGCUUAUAAUGUUAUCCGUGGGUCCAUAUGCAUCGUACUUGAUGGUAAACAUAGUUUAUGUCACCACGGUUGCUGUAAUGGUCGUACCAAUGUUUUUCGUACCAGAUAGUCCAUAUUGUAUGGUUAAGAAAGGUCGCAUGAAUGAAGCCUUAAAAACCCUAACAUACCUGCGAGACUCCGAACUCUUAGCCCAAGAAGAAAUAAAAGAGAUGUCUUGCGUGUCUGGUACUAAAAUAACUAGUAACACUAUAAAGGAUAUAGUAUUCUUAAAAUCUAUGGGCAUUGCAGUUUUUCUUAGUAUCGGAAUACAAUUAGUUGGAUAUAGUUCCAUAACUCUAUAUUUACAGACUAUCCUAGAGGUAACUAAUACCAGUGUUUCUUCUGAACUGGUUUCUGUAAUCUUUGGAGUGAUGCAGGUAAUAGCGUGCCUCGUGACGGCCAUUUUAAGUGACAGAGCUGGGAGAAAGCCUAUAUUGGCGAUAACGCUCGGUGGAUUGGCGAUCGGAAUGCUCGGUCUAGGCUUGUUCUUCUACAUGAAAGAUUCUGGAGUCAAAAUCAAUGGUUUCAUGAACUACCUACCUCUUGUAUCAUUAGUUAUAGUGGUUCUUUGUUAUAACGCUGGUAUCGGUAGCUUAUGCGUAGUUUUGGUAGCCGAACUUUUCGAUAACUUAACGAGAUCCAUCGGAAUUUCUGUCUGCAUGACAGUUACAAUGAUUGUUGGAUUUUUUAACGUCAAAUAUUUUCCACUAUUAACAGAAAUCCUGGGGUCCGCCACCGUCUUCUGGUCGUUUGCGGUCAUUUGUCUGAUAUACAUGACAUUUGUAUUGUUUUGUGUGCCCGAAACGAAGCAAAAGUCAUUCUUGGAGAUUCAGGGGGUACUAGGAAGAAAAUAAUAAAAUAAAUGUAUUUCUUUUACUUCAGGACUCUAUAGUGCGUUAGAUGUUUUAGUAUUAUGUUAUUUAUCAACAUCUUAAAAGUAAUUUCAUCGAGUUAUGUCAAUGAAAAUACUAUGAUAAUAUUUUUAAAAAACUGCACAAAAUACGAUGCUGCAAGGUUUAUGACACGGGAGUCACUAAGCGCUAAGUCACAUCUUAUGAGUGCUCUCUCUGCCAAAGAAGAGUGCCUUGCCAAAAGUUAAUGGAAAGUAAGUUCCCAGUUAAUAAACCUUGUCUUAAUGACAUAAUCAAUUCGCAAUUAAAUCAUAAUUGGAGGACAGAAAUUAUUGAGUUCAGUUCAAUCAUUUAUUUCUAAUCUUUACAAAUGUUAUCAAUAUACAAAUGUUUAAAUUUGUUUAUACAUUUUUUUAUUUUUACUCGUUAUCCUAACUUAAGUACCAACGACUGUUCGGAACUCCUUCACGGGAAAAGACCUUCUGCCCUGCGAUUCUGUAACUCACUUUUCGAGUUACAGAAUCGCAAGGCUGAGCUGUUUCCAAAUUUCUCUAUCCAUGCUAACGCUUGAUCUACCUUUUUCUAGCGCGCCCAGAGUUCAGAUUUAUUAAUGCAGGGGGCAUAUCAUUACCUCUUAUUGCGAGCCUUUUGACAACCUACAACUGAGAUGCAUCGCUUAUUCAUACCAUGACACCGACUAAACGAGACUGUUUUUGUUCCCACGUGGCAGCGGUAAUCAGAUUUCGUUCAAUCAAUUUGUAUGAAAAUACGUACCAUGACCUCUCGACUGAACCAAAACUGGCAAGCAUCUCAACUGGAUUGUUUCAAGAAAGCUCAUGGUAGGCCCCCAGAAAUGGAGAAUCGACUCGAGAGUCGCAAUCGUAAGAAGUCUGUGGCGUUUAAAAAAUGUUAAUUGUGAUAUUGACAUUUAUGAAGUGACGUAAAGUGAUAAUCGGAAAUCAAUUCUUUGUAAUAAAUUUAAUUUAAUUUAUUCAAUAUUUAAUGAAAUAUUGAAUAUAGAAAAUGAAUUUUUUGACCAUAAAAUUCUGCAAACAUCUUACUAAACAUAAUAUGAGGAGUAUUCAAAGUUGUUGCACGUAAAUAUUACCUAUUUCUUACGUGUUAUUAAUGCAAAAAUAUUGUUUUUCUAGACUCGUAACAAAUUUCUACUUAAAAAAGAGAAGAAAUUGGAUAUUUAAAGCCAUGAAUCUCAUACCUAACACCUAAGGUUUUUGUAAUUUAUUAUUGCAUAGCUUCAAAAUUGAAACUCAUACCUAAGUAUCUAUUGGAUUUCUUUACAAAACGUACGUUUACGUUUGCACGUUUUGACGAAUGUUUUAGCGGUAGGGCUUUUUCCCUUAAAACAAUCACACAUUUACUUUAGAAAAAUAUUGAUGACCGAUCUCAGCGCUUCUUACAACUCCUAUCUUAUUUGCCAAGAACAAUAUUUAAAAGAAAAACCUCGGCCUUAAUGCCGGUUUUGCAUAACCACUUCGUCCUUUACGCACGUGUUACCUUUUGCUGAUGUUUGUUGUAAAUAUUAUAUUGUUUAUUAACUGAAUACUUACCUUUAUCAUUCAGUGGAUCAUCCCCUAAACAUCUCGUAUGCUUCAAGAACUGGACUGGUGAUAUGGUUAUGGAAAUAAUAAACAGCGCACUAAAAUUAAAAUGCAAUUUAAUCGACACACAUGGAAAGCGAUUGGAUUUGUUGGAAAAUUCAAAGAUAAUGAUACUACAAGAAGUCAAUGCACCAGUGUUAAACAUGGCUGUCUCGAAAGCAGCAACUUUACUUGGCGCUGAUGCUGUUAAUAUUGUUGAUCGACUGAUUUGGAACCAUGAUUAUAAUGGCCGAGUUUUUUCAUUUAUGGCGGAUGCAAUUUUCGUAGCGACAUCCACACAUACAUGCCUUCAAAGGUUUGCGCAGCAAUCUUUGGUGCCCGUGAUGUGUAUGACAUCUAGAACACAUUCUACUAUACAAGCAAUGGCUACUAUCAUGACGAUUAUUGAAGAAUUUGGGACAAUUAGAAAAUUAAACAUAGCAUAUUUUGGCUCUCCUCAUCCAGUUCUUAACUCAUAUUUGUUGCUUUGUCCAAUUCUUGGAGCGAAUAUCAAAUUUAAAUGUUGCUGUUCUAAGCAACCAGUAAGCCCUCUCCUAUACAAGGCAGGUGAGACACUAUGUGCACAGUCCCACACUAGCCUUGAAGCAUGCACAGACAAGAACAAAGCUCUUUGUAAGGCUGAUGUUGUCAUAGCGGGUCCAGAAAAUGUCAAAAAGUUGAGUGAAUUUAAGCUGUGUUACCAGGAUAUAGAAGAACUAGCUUGUCCAUCGUGGAUAUUUCUUCAUACUUGUCCAAGGGGCAAAGAGGUGGAUGAUAACCUUUUCUUUCAUGAUCGUGCAAGAACAUUUGUAGCUUUUGAAAAUUUUCAAUACAUUGCUGCAGCACUUAUGGCGUCAGCUAUAAAGGACCAUACCUUUUGAAAUAUACAGUUUAAUUAACUAGUACAAUUGGGGGAAACUUAUGUAUUUUCCGUAACUAAAGAUUUCUGAAUUUUACAAGGGUAGAAACUAGUCAUUAACUAACAAAACUUACUUUAUUUGUACACUAA